AAAAAACAAUGCCAAAGACAGAAUUCAAAAAGGAAUCGUCGUCGACUGGGACGACCUACUUUCAGGUCCCUUUGUCUAAACAUCCAACAAACUCUGCCAGUACUGCUGAGACUGAAAACAAUGCAUCAAUUUCCAAAGUCUUCCGAAAGGAUGCCUCCGGGCUUACGGCCUAUCAACGGCACAAGAAAAUGAUGGGCGAUUACUUGUCAUUCUACGGCGCCGGGGUUGCGGACGUACUCGAGAAGCGCAGAUCCUCCUCGUACAUUGUGGGAAAAACCGAGUUGGAUAUACUGAAGGAGCAACAUCGAUUUCUACGAAGCGAAGAGGAUGAUGCUGAUAACAGCUGGGAAUCGCGAGUGGCCAAAAAGUACUACGAUAGGCUCUUUAAAGAAUACUGUUUAGCAAACCUGUCCCGUUACAAAACUGGACAAAUCGCUCUUCGCUGGCGGACACAAAAAGAGGUGGUGAAUGGGCAAGGCCAAUUCGUCUGCGGGAAUCUGGAGUGCUCCGCUACGGAAGAUUUACGAUCAUGGGAAGUGAACUUUGCAUAUGUCGAAGGCGGGGAAAGAAAAAAUGCAUUGGUGAAAUUGAGGCUGUGUCCGACAUGCUCUUACAAGCUGAAUUACAAGAAGAUUAAAGCGGCCGAAAAGGCGGAAAAGGAGGACAAAAAGCGGAAGCGGAAAGAAAAGAGGUCAGAACGGAAGAGGCGAAAAUCUGGAGAAGAAGAGCAAUCUUUUCCAUCACCUGGCGAAGAUGACCAGGAUGUUGACAAGCCAUAUAGCGAUCGUGAAACUGAUAGCGGAGAACAAUCACCCAGCGAAGAGAAUAAAGAUGAACCCUCAGUAUCGAAAGAGGUUAAGGAUCAGUAUUCAAGAGACGAGAUAUCACGGAUUUGGAGCGCUCCUCAACCUGAAGCGCUAGAGGGCGAGUCCAAGGAGGAUGAGAUUGAGGCGUAUUUUGCUGACCUGUUUCAAUGAGGAACUUGGAGGGUGACCUUUUUGGUUCCUUGACUCGGUCCAAUCUUCCGUACUCGCUUCCCAAACAUGUCUGUAAUCCUGCUUUUGGUUUCCGGAUGACAAGUACCGAGUUUCUUGGGAUCAUCCGGGCGCAAGACUCUCUCAUAUCCUAUUGAUUGGAUAACUAUAACCAUGCUCUUGGUGGACACACAAUUGCCUCGGUGAAGAUUUCGACUUUUUGGCCAUUAUGGCCCAAAUAUGCCGUUUUUAAGGCGAUAAUUGAACAAAACGUGCCUGACGCUUCUAAUUAUAUUGCAAAAUAGGAUCAUAGCUAGUAUAUAACAAAUUAGCCUGCGUGAGUUUUGCUAGGUAGAGUCAAUGGCUUGAUAAUGGCAAGGAGGUCGACUUUAUCAGACGACGAUGCUAUUAGAUCCAUGCCAUGUACUCUGUGCAAUUAUAUUGUUAUUAAGAUGCUGGCAAAUAUGAGGAUACGGAAUCAUAUGACUCCCAUAAUUGAAGAAU